AUGUUCGCGGAACAAAGAAGGGAUAGUGGUGACCGGGUUUUGGAAAUUGAAUCGUUUGCGAUGGUAUGCUCGAAGGCGGCAGUUCUGAAAAAUAGGAACGAGCAGAACGACUGCGGAACGAGCCGUAGAGCUGCUGGAAACGAGCUGUACGGCUGCUGGAAACGAGCCGUACGGCUGUUGAAAACGAGCCGCACGGCUGCUGGAAACGAGCCGUAUGACUGCUGGAAACGAGCCUUACGGCUGCUGGAAACGAGCCGUACGGCUGCUGGAAACGAGCCGUACGGCUGCUGGAAACGAGCCGUACGGUUGCUGGAAACGAGCCGUACGGCUGCUGGAAACGAGCCGUACGGCUGCGGGAAACGAUCCGUUGAGGCUCCUCGAAACGAGCCGUACGGCUGCGGGAAACGAGCCGUUGAGGCUCCUCGAAACGAGCCGUACGGCUGCGGGAAACGAGCCGUGAAGGCUCCCCAAAACGAGCGGUACAACUCCACGAAAAGAGGCAUCUAG